GCAUCGUGAAACGACGCAGUCGGAUCGCGCUGGGAUCGAUGGACGACGCGAUCGUCCUCUUGCGGCGCGAGCUGGAUGCGUUCAUGGCGACGCAUGGCUCGAAUGUGCUAGUGCGAGGCUCCGAUGUUGACCCGGCAGCGGUCGCCGAGAUGACGCGUCUGAGCUCCUUGUGGGCAAGCAUGGCGACGCGCAAUUUUGUGGCGACCGUCGACACGCUCCUCAAGUGGCACGUGGCCAAAGUCGAAGGCUCAGUCUUUGGUCGCGCCGGCCACUACCUCGUGGGUCAUUUGCUCUACGAUAUGCUGCAGGCGCUGUCAUCGCCUUGUGAUGAACGACUCGACGCGACCUUGACCCGACUCGUGCGGCUGACGCUCAAGCUCCUGAGCGAAAGCAAGGACCUCGACGCGCCAGCAGCUAAACCCGCGACCGACUUUUUCUCGUUCAAGUCGCUUACACCGACGCUCGUGGUCGAUGACGUUGUGCAGGUGCAGUGGCAAAAGAUUCUGGGCCUCCUCGGGCAGCACGCGAUCGGGUCGAUCCACGCUGCCAUGGACGAAACCCUCGGUCGUCUCGACAAGACGCCGUCGAUGUCCAAAGAAGUCUACCUCGCGACGUUCUCGUCCAUGCAACUCCAGCUGUUGCAGCCGCGCUACGACGAAGCGACGGCGCCGGCCAAACUCGCCUUUCUGCGGUCGCUCCUCGCGUUGGCGUGCAAGCCGCACAAGCUGCCGACGCGUCUCGCCGCGCUGCGCGUGCUGGCAGCGAUUCUGCAUCGCGAGCUCACACACGGUCUACCGCCACCGAGUCGCCACGUCGACUGGUACAGCUUUCUCAGCGACGUCCACGCCACCGCGUACAAGCUCUGUCUCAAGAAGCAGCGGCAAUUCAAGACCAUUGCGGUGGCAUGGGACGUGCGUGUGGUGGCCCUCAUGCUCUCGAACGCCGAGAUCUUUGCGCGCUACUGGCGCGACGAUGCCAUGGCGCUCCUCCGCGUGCACUCGCAGCUCAAGGACGUAACGUCCCUACGCCUCCUCUCGACGUUUCUCAAGCACCUUCUGCGCCGGCACAAGGCAUCGCGCAAGACUCUACCGCUCGAGAAGGACGUGAUGGACAUCGUCAACCUCAUCCAAGCGUGGUGCUUCUCCAUUACCAAGCACAAGCCGCAAAAACUGCUCUUGCUAUUGGAGCAUCUCGUCGACAUGAGCGUCUUGCUGGCUUCCUACAACAUGGCCUACUGCAUCCAGAGCCACGUGCGGCGACUCAUCCUGGAAGCCGACUCGAUCUUCGACGAACGGCGGCUCGUGGGCCUUGCUGCCUUGCGGGCCAUCUUGCUAACACCGUCGGAUCGGCUGGAGGACGACUAUGCGUGGGACCGUGCCGCGCUCGCGGCCUCGCACACGAGCGUCGCCGACGUUGUCGGGUCGGUGCUUAUCGAGAGCAACACGAUGUUUGGCAGCGGUGUCGUGGGCGCCAGCUCCAAGGCCGGCGCGUACAAGACGUGGGUCGGUCUCCGUGUCUUUGAAGCCGCGAUCGCGUGCACGCAGGUGCUGUUUGCCGAGAUGCAGCUCAGCGACGAGCACAAGACACUCAUCUUGACGCGCGUCGCCGUCCACAGCGAGCUCUCGCUGCGGCAAGUGGCGUCCGACGCGCUCCUGUACAUUGCGUCGUCGCUCAAGUGCCUCUGUGCGGUCGUCGACGGCAUCUACCAGCACGUGGUGCGGCUGCCCUUGUCGAACAAGGCCAUCCAGAGCGCGCUUCCGACGCUUCUGCACCUCGUCCAGCGCAUCUGCGAGACAUCGAAUGGGCCAGUACCCGCCCCCCACGGAGAGGCCAUCGAAGCCAUGUGCCUCUACGUGCUCUGCAGCGACCUCAUUGAGACUCGGCUCAGCGCGCUCGACGUACUUGCUGCUGUCGCCGCCCUGCGCCAGCGCUCGUCGAUGCACGCCACGUCGACCAUCAACGUCCUCGACAUACUCACGAGUAUCGACGACGACCUCGUACUGCAGUUGGGACUCAGCGCCGAGGAUGUCAAGGCCGCGGCGCGGGCUGGUGGCGUGUUGAAGUGGCUCGCCCAGAAACAUGCUGCGCUGCACACGCAGAGGCUGUUUGCACAAGUGCGUCCCGAGGUGGACGAUGAUGACGACGACGAGUCGACGGACCGGGACGCGCAAGUGGCGGGUGUCGAUUGGCUGUGGUCUCUCAGCCUUGCGACACUUUGGACCCGCGUUUGCGAAGCGUGCCCGGAGCUGCUCUCGCGUAUCUGGAGCGAUGUCAAUGACGCUGCGCACCGGCUUGAGCCACACAUUCCGGUCUUGGCGAGUGGUGCUGACGCAACGUCGGCGCAGUGGCGCCACUGCAGUAUCAUGGCCUGUGCGAGCGCGCACAUUGGGCACGACAACGUGACGCGCGCCGCAGUGGCACAGCUGCUGGAGCGCCAGUGUCGGUACUUGAAGAGCCCGAGUGGGCAUCAGCGGCAAGCCGCCGUCCUCGCACUGGGGGCAACGCACGUCAGCGCCCACGAUCUUUUGUUUGAGCACCUCGCUGCGUUAGAGCUCGAUGCGUUCUGCGGCGCCGAGUUGUGGCUUGCGACCGCACUCUCACCGCCCACGUCGCCGCCGUCGCUUUUGUCGAAUGGCGGCCCAAAGAUGACCAAGCGAGGUUCGAAGCACCAACUGCUCGCGACCAAGAGCUUGGGGAUUCAAAGUGAGCUACCGUGGGCAAUCGCGCGCAUCUACCGCAGCCUCCUCUCACACCCCAACAGCAUGCACAUCUGGUCCAAGCGAGCCUUCCGGCGGCAAUUACUUGGCUUCUUGGAGAAGGUUCACGCCCACGUUUCAUGCCCGACGCUGUUGUUGCGAAGUGAUAUUUGCGCGAUCCUCGAAGCCGUUGUCCACCACAGCAACCUCGCUACUGGGUUUGUGGCGGACGAGCCCAACCAAGAGCCGCCUCUCGAAGCAGCGUUGACAAUGUCUCAGCGAGCUCGGUGGUUUGAAACACUCGCAGCAUGGAGUCGUGACGUGGCACCCUCGGACGCGCUGGCGUGGACGCCGCACGUAUGGACGCUACGGCUGCCGACAAUGGUCGACGAAGCUCACGCGCGCUGCAGCCACCCGCUUCGCCCGACACGCGACGAGUGGAUCGAGUUGCGCUACGGCCUCUUGCACGCGGCGUGCGCUGCCAUUGCGGGGCUCCUCCUCGGCCCGGCGUUCGAUGUACAGAUCGUCUUUGCCUGGCUCGACGAGCUCUUGACGGCGACAACAAUACCACCGGCGCGCGCGAGUAUCUUUGGUCGCAUUCGUCGCCUCCUUGGCAACGGCGUGCGUCUCCUCCUCUCCAGUGGCAACGACGAGGCGCUCGCUGUGUGCAUUGAGCGGUGCCUUCUGACCCGUCCUUGUGCGAACGAGUAUGUGACGCUCAUCGCCGACGUUCUACUGGACCUCGGCGCCGAGUUUCGAGCGAGCACAAGCUUUCCAAAGCUGCUUUUGGUGGGCCUCUUGCACAUGGAGACGAACAACGGCAUGCAGAUCCUCCUCACGCUGCUCGAGACGCCCGAGACGACAAUGUCGAUGGAGCGAACGCUGAGCGUUCCGCUUGGGACCACCGCGGCCGGUCUCUGGGUCGCCCAGCGCGUCGCCAGCACCUACAAGAGCGUGUCCCACGACGUUGUCGCUGCGCUCUUGACAUUUGUGCACAAGUGCCCGAGCAUACUCGUCCAGUCGCGAUUGCUCGAGAUGGCGGUACCGUGGGUGCACAGCCUCAACUCGACGGCCAACGUCCAUGCUCUCCUCUUCCGCGUCACUACCGACCUCCAAGUGCCGGCUGUGGCCCGGCUCUGGACGGAGCUCGUCGCGUCCGAGGCCAAUUUGCAAGCACUGCUUGGGCUCGUCUACGCCAUCGAGUCGAACGAACGGCUCACGACGGCCAAAUGGAUUCUAUCGUGUGUGGAGGUCGAGCGGUUGACGGCCGCGACCCUUGCGUACGACGACGACGAGCGGCGACGACACGACCGCGUCCUCGACACCGCCGCGCGGACGAUCGCCUUCCUUGCGCCGCACUUGCAUGCCUGUAGCGCCGCGCACAGGCAGGUGCUCAAACACUUGGCCGUCUCGGUGCUCUACGGCUACGCGUCAACGCAGCCGCUUUGGCACGUGCAGGACGAGGCUCUGCGCUCCGCGGUUGCCGUCGACUGUGCGCGCGUGCUGGAGGCAACGUCGGCCAACGUCGGUAUGCGACUCCGGGCAUGUCUCGACCGCCCCUCGACGCCGAGCUUGGAUGAACUCCGCGAGCUUUUGGCGCCAUUAGGCAGCGCGCUUCCGGAAUGCGAGACGGCCGCGUGGGCCGACGCAUGCCAGGCGGCGUUUGGUGGCGCCACGGGCAGUGCGCAACAACAGCUCUAUGCCCAGUGCAGUCUCUACGUCUACCGCGUGUUGCAGCCGCGCUUUAGCGGGCCGGCGUGUGUGCAUUUGCUUGGCCUUUUGCGGUCGGCGCUCGACGAUGUCGAUGCGAUCGCGUUCGUGCACGAGUACCUCUUGACGCUCACGCACUUGGCGCAGGCCAUGCCAUCGUCCAAGCUCGUGCUUUUCCCGCAGCUGCUCUGGGUCGCGAUUGCGCUCCUCAAACAUGCGCAGAGCCCACUGAGUGCGCCGACGCUGGACCCGCUCUCGCUGCAAGGUCCGUCACUGAGCCUCUUGCACGCCCUCGUGAGCAAACCGUCGUUCUUUGAGCCUAUUGUGCAGGACAUGCUCCUGGCGCGACGGCCGCCGCAGUGGAAGCCCCAUGUGGUCGACUGCACGCUCGACAUUCUUCUCGCGCUUUCGCAACAGCUCACGUCGCCCGAGACCGAGGCCAUCGUCGUGCGCACGGCCAAGGCGAUGCUGUUUCAUACGUCCAGCGUCGCCCAUGGCGUCGUGCUCACCGCGCUCUUACUGCCGUCGGUCCUAUCGACCGCGUGCCAUGAGACAGCCCACGACCUCGGCUACCUCUGGCGGCUCCUCGGACAGCUCGAAUUGGCCGUCGCGCUCACCUCCGCCGUGCCGAUCGACGAGCUUGCGCCGCAUGUUUUGCGCGGCUGCUUGAAUUCGCUCAGCGACGAAAAGCUCUUUUUGGACGUUCUGCUCGCGAUCCUCGUUGGCCAGUGCACGCGGCUUCACGCGCCGACGCUGCAGCUCCUGCUCCAUCUCGUGCUUGUCGCGCCGCCAGCCUUUUGGAAGCGAAAUGGGACGCUGCUCGCCGUCGUGACGCGCCUGCUCCACCGCACAUCGUCGCGUGACGCGACGUGGCCGACCUUGCUCUCGCUGUUGAGCACCCUCCUUCCACCGCUCUAGCGUAAUCGGCUAAUUCUGAAAAAGCAACGCAGCACAAUGGCCCAAGAAGGUGGCAGGGAUG